AUCCCAAGAGGCAAAAUAAGCUGUAAAUUUAUGUAAUUAUUCUUUAUUUUUCUAACAGAGAUGCCUUUAAUAGUGUAUCCUCCAUUCUUUUCCUUAAAUCUUCCUAGUUAAAUCUUUCUUUCCCCAUAAAUUGACAAUUUCCUUAGUGCUUUGCCUUAUGCAUGCCCCCAUUCUUUUCAUAUGCACAGUUUGAUUUCACUUUGCUUUGUCCAAAAUUAUAAGAUCAAGAGUUCACUUCAUAAAAAUCUCCAUCAUCUGCUGCAACUGAAAGAAGAUCUAUCAUGGCAGCUUUGGUGUAAAAUCUUUCACAUUUACAGCUUGCAUUGUUGCAUGCUAAAUUCUUCAACAAAAUAAGAGAUCGGUAUCAUAGGCUGCUAAAUUGUCAGAAGAGCAUGGAGCCUUAUAGUGAUUUAUCCUCGAGGAGAAAGCCCGCAAGCAAGGCAAAAGCACAGGCUUUAGGAUCACAGGAGGGAAGUUCAAGUUAUGAUCAAGAGAUAGAAGACACCGAGUACCUUCAGAAUCUGCCUCUAUAUAAAACGGUCGAUAAUGGAGAUUGGGAGGCUGCAAUGAAAUUCCUUGAAGAAAACCCUGCUGCACUGACUGCUAGCCUUUCAGCAGAUGGGGACACAGCCCUUCACGUUGCGGUUCUGGCAGGGCAUGAAGAGAUCGUCAAGGAGUUGAUAAAAAAGUUGAGUGCGGAGGACUUAGCAAUCAAAAACGAAAACAAUGCUACUGCGCUUAAUUAUGCAGCCAUUGGAGGGAUCACAAAAAUUGCAGAGGACUUAGUUGAAAAGAACAAAAACUUGCUUACCAUUCCUAAUCAGAAUGACCUGAUACCGGUUGUUGUUGCUUCACUUUAUGGCCAUAAAGAAAUGGUUCGUUACCUCUAUAAAGAGAGUCCCAAAGAGGAACUUAGUCCUGAAAAAGGCAAGAAUGGGAUUAUGCUUCUUACUACUUGUAUCCUUGGCGAACUCUAUGAUAUUGCAUUGGAUUUGCUUCAACUUCACCCACAAUUGGCAUUUUAUCAAGAUAGUGACAACGAUACAGCACUUUACAUGUUGGCUCAAAAACCUUCUGCAUUUCCCAGUGGAAGCACACUUCCUCUCUGGCAACAAUGGAUAUAUGAUUGUAUCCGCGUUCCUGAGCCUCAUUUCUCUAACAACACCCAUGGAGACAUCGAAAGGCCUCGCAAUGGACCGAUCAUACGAAGGAACACCAAUAGAGGAGCACUUUUCCAAUUGUCAGUUAUCAUUUGGAAAUGCCUGAAACCAUUAGUUCCAGGAAUCAGGCAUCUGUAUAACCUAAAGCUGACACAUGCACAAGCACAAGAACUUCUGUGUUGCAUUUGCCAACAAUUAUCGACCCUGCGUAAGUCAGAAUUUGACAGACUUGGAGUUCAGAAAGCCAUAUUCAUUGCUGUUGAGCAUGGAAUUGUGGAGUUCAUUGUAGAGAUGACUAAGCACUACCCUGACAUUAUAUGGUGCGAGGAUGAAUGUAAACGGGGUAUAUUCAUGUAUGCAACCCUGCAACGCCAAGAAAAGAUUUUCAGUCUUAUUUAUAAGAUGGGUGCCAAGAAAAACUACAUGGCAACUCAUUGGGAUAAGUUUUUUAACAACAUUUUACAUCAAGCUGCAUACUUGGCACCUUCCUCUCAGCUUGAAUGUGUCUCAGGUGCAGCAUUGCAAAUGCAAAGGGAAUUACAAUGGUUCAAGGAAGUGGAGAGUAUUGCACAGCCCAAGUACAGGGACAUGGUGAACAUUUAUCAUAAGACUCCUCGAGCUUUAUUUUCAGAGACCCACAAGAGAUUAGUGGAAGAAGGUGAGGAAUGGAUGAAAAACACAGCUGAGUCCUGCACGGUUGUGGCUGCUCUUAUAGCAACCAUUAUGUUUUCUGCAAUCUUCACAGCUCCUGGAGGUUAUGAUCAGGCUGGCGAGCCUCUAUACCUGUAUCAAAAUCUGUUCAUGGUUUUCAUCGUAUCUGAUGCAAUGUCUUUAUUUGCUUCCACAUCCUCAUUACUUAUGUUCUUGGGAAUCCUGACGUCUCGAUACAGAGAAGAAGAUUUCCUAAUGUCCUUGCCUACCAAGUUGAUAAUAGGGCUUUCCAGUCUUUUCUUCUCUAUAGCAACUAUGAUGAUAACCUUUGGAGUAACUCUCGUUAUUUUUCUUCACAAAAGAAUACCCUGGGUUUCCUUUCCAAUCAUUCUGCUCGCUAGCCUUCCUGUCACUCUGUUUGCUCUGCUGCAAUUUCCUAUUCUGGUUGAGAUUUUCUUCUCUACUUAUGGACCUGGGAUUUUUGACAAGCCUAAGAAGUGGCGGUUCUUUUAAUCAUAAUUCAUGCAUAUCAACUCUCACUGCUUUGAUUGAUUUUGUUAUUACUCGUUUCUGGUGAUGAAGAGCAAAACUAUUGAUGUGUAGUUUUAUUUGUUGGUGAUGGAAAGAGGAAGCAUACCUUCUCAAUUUACUAAAUUAUAGAAAAUUGGGAGAAUAUUGUUUUGUUAUUUUUCUAAGUCUUGUGGUUAUUCAAGGAUUUCUUUUAUUGUAAUUUGCAUAAAAUUUUGGAUUAAGGGUAUUCACCCUCGGUCCAACUAUUGUAAACUCUACCUCAUGAAUAACCUUUACA